ACUGUUUUCUUUGGGUUUUGUAAGGACAUGAAUACAGUGAAAGUUUUGGUAACAAUGCGCGGUUGCGUCAAAGUUGACCUUUUGGUAGCUUGUUGAGCAACACUCAUGCAUUAACAGUUAGCUAUCUUACUUAUCUUUACUGUCGCUGGAUGAUGUAGUUAACUUACCUUGAUGAGUCUAAAGUCUGGUUAUGGACAAUGAAGCUGAUCAUUCUCAAUGACUACGACCAGGCAAGCGAGUGGGCUGCAAAGUACAUUAGAAACAAGAUUUUACUGUUCAGACCUGGCCCAGACAGAUAUUUCACACUGGGGCUUCCCACAGGAAGCACCCCCCUGGGUUGUUACAAGAAACUCAUUGAGUACUACAAGAAGGGACAAAUCUCAUUCCAGUAUGUAAAAACUUUCAACAUGGAUGAAUAUGUAGGACUUCCCAGAGAUCACCCUGAGAGCUACCACUCCUUCAUGUGGAAUAACUUCUUCAAGCACAUAGACAUAAAAGCAGAGAACACCCACAUCCUGGAUGGCAACGCUGCUGACCUGCAAGCAGAGUGUGCAGCCUUUGAGGAAAAGAUAACAGCUGCUGGGGGGAUCGAGCUCUUUGUCGGAGGUAUUGGACCAGAUGGCCACAUUGCCUUCAAUGAGCCUGGUUCAAGUCUAGUUUCCAGGACUAGGGUGAAGACCUUGGCAAAAGACACUAUCAUGGCUAAUGCCCGAUUCUUUGAUGGGGAUCUAUCAAAGGUGCCCACCAUGGCGCUGACUGUGGGAGUGGGCACUGUCAUGGAUGCAAAAGAGGUCAUGAUUCUCAUCACUGGAGCACACAAGGCAUUUGCUUUAUACAAAGCUAUAGAGGACGGUGUGAAUCACAUGUGGACAGUGUCUGCGUUCCAGCAGCACCCACAGACUGUUUUCGUAUGUGAUGAAGACGCCACCCUUGAACUGAGGGUCAAAACUGUAAAGUACUUCAAAGGGAUGAUGCAUGUGCACAACAAGCUGGUGGAGCCACCUCCCUCAGUGCCAAAGAAGAACUGAGGAUAUCUUGUCCAAACUUUGGAAUUGUGAAGUCUUUUUCAAAAUGUAACACUCCAAUGAUUCCUUUAUCUUCUGGUGGAGAUAUAUCAAGCAGUGCUUGGGGUAAACCUCACCCUUGUAAAAAAUAAGCAGGUGAUAAUUGUGCAGGCUAUUCGGGUUUUCAUGUGAUGGUGUUCAUACUGCUUUGCUUCUCAUUUGUUCUUUUUAAUAAAGUGCAUUUGAUUUUUAA